AUGAAUAAAAUAAAUAGAAUAAUCCAAUACUUUGACCAAACUCAUAGCGAUUGGAAUAUUAUUGAUUUUUUAGAAGACAAUAAAGAGGAACCUUUUCGAAUACUUAUAGAUUCGUAUUUAAGAUAUCUCAAACAUAUUAUUCAAAGUGAACACGAAAGCAAAAAAGAAAAGGCACAACUACUUGUAGAUAAAUAUAAAGAGGAUACACGACCUGAUUACCAUCUGGCAAAAAGUUGGAGGCAAUUGCAAAAAUUUAACAAUAUGCGCGAAACUCCGAAUACCGAGAUUAAUAUCCAAAGUAUUUGGUAUGGCAAUGAAAUUCAGGGUGAUGCAACAAUUUCGAACCAGGGAAAUGCCAAUAACGUUCAAAAUUCUAUAGGGAAACGAAACUCUGAUUCUUAUGAUGACGGUUCAACUGAGACAGACAUUUCCUGUUCAGAAAACAAGAAACCUGCGUAUUGGGGGAUAUUGGAUCUGACGAAGGAGAGUCUUAAAAACUCAGGUAUAAAGGAUAUGGAUAUACAAAAAUUAUCUCAGGAUUUUUCGAACAAAAUUGAAUGGAAAGAUAUUACAGCUCUAAAAGAAGUUCAAGAAUAUUUCGACGGAAAUUGUGUUGACAUUUAUAAUAUCGAUGUCAUCAAAAAAUUAGACAGGAACAUGCAAUUUAUGGUAGAUAAAUUGCCUAAGCUACGAAAGACAUGCACCGAAGAAGAGUUAAAAAUGUCAACAACAUUUCCAUUGUUUUCAGGAAUUUUCAAUUCACCGAAUAUAAAUAAUUCUUGGGGUGAGAUUCAAGCAAUCUCGACAAAUAAAGUACGGAAUGAAGAACAAAAUCCCUUCACAAAGACUAGAAUUGGACACAAGGUUGACAUGAAAGGAACCUUAAUCAAAACGCUGAAUAAAUUUGAGAUAAUCUACGGCGAAGUUUCCGGUGGUUUGACUUCUUUCAGCUUGUCUGCUUCCUACGAACAACGUAAAAAGUUGAUAGUCUACAGUUGGUUGCAAGUUGGAGUUGAACUAAGCUUUUACGCUAUAGAUUGGAUUGGAUGCGGAAUAUACAGAUUUGGUAAAAUAGAUAAGUGUGAAUUAUCGGUUGAUGAAGAUGAUUUAAGCAUCCUUGAGGAUGCAUAUUGCAUUCUUAGGUUGCUAAAGCUUGAAUCAGAAAAAAUCAUAAAAGAAAUCUUACAAAAUAAUACAAAAAAUAAAAGAAGAUGUAUAAUGUCAGAAAGUGAUCCUUAUUUAAAUAAGAACCGAACUCCUAUUAAAUAG